AUGUCUGAAUUGGACGCGUUUUACGAGGAGCUGGAGGAAGUAAUCCGCAACGAGAAGUCUAUCUACAAAUUCGUUGUCGACAACUUCAACGCAAAACUAAGGGAGGCAACAAAAGAGGAAUACAGGAAUGGAAGAUUUGGACUAGGCGACCGGAAUGAAAAUGACAAUCAGGCUCAUAUCGACACAGCGAAACAUUUGGAAGCAAUGCCAUACCGUGAAUUCGGUGAUGCUUCCCUCACUCCAAACCAUGUUGAUGUUCCGAGCUGUCUCCGCUGCAGACCUGCCCAACUUAAAUUCGUGGAGAAAAAUUUGAAUCACUUCAGUUCUAAUACUUACUUACUUAGACGGCCCGUCUUCACUGGACAUGUGGGCCCUAGCAUCUCUUCCACUCGUUUCGUUCCCUCGCCAUUGUCAUCCAAGAUGUUUUCAAGUUUCGUGAGUGACGUUGACGAGGUCCUUGAGCCGUAUCUAGCUGAGCUCUCAGCUGGUCCAUCCGUGUAG